AUGGCCUUCGUUCGCGUCGAGAGCGCCGAGGUCGAGCGCAAGGCCUACGAGACACUGCGCGACCGAAUGCAGUUCAAGGCCGGCGAGUACCACCCGCUGAGCGACGACGCAGCCAAUCCAUGGAACCAAGCGUUCGAGGACGAGCCGCUCGUGCGCGAGAUCAAGACGGACCUCGACCGCCUGUACCCGCAAGGCCGCGAACUGUACUUCCAGGAGCGUCCGGCGUACAUGGCCAUUCUGCGCAACGUGCUAUUUGUGUGGUGCAAGACGCACCCGGCGGUCGGCUACCGACAGGGCAUGCACGACCUCGCGGCCGUCGUGCUAUACGCCGUCGUGCAUGCAGCGGCCAAGCCACUGGAGGAAGACACGAUCGACGAGUUUACCGAGCACGACGUCUUCAUCCUCUUUGCUGCGCUCAUGGGACCCAUGGAGCCGCUCUACGCCGUGCACCAGACAACGUUGGCGCGCGACGACGCCGUGUCCGAGACGACCGCCGACAGCUUGUUUCGGUCGGCGACACCCAGCGCACUCGCGCCGCUUUCGCAGCUUCAGACGCUCUGCCAGUUUAUCCAGUACGACCUUUUGGCCAAGCACGACCCGCAGCUCGCGUGCCACCUCCGGGACGUGGACGUGCUCCCUGAAACGUACUGCUUGCGCUGGACGCGGCUGCUGCUCGCGCGCGAGUUUCCGCUCGACGACAUCGUCCGCGUCUGGGAUGCCAUGCUCGAACACGAGUCGACCUGCGAUGUGUCGUCGUCUCGCAUUGGCUUUGCCUUGCUCCCGUACCUCUGCGUUGCGAUUUUGAUUCAUUUUUCAAAGACGCUGCGCGGAACCGACAACACGGGUUGUCUCCAGCUGCUCAUGCGCCCCGCCGAGCUCAGUGCGGCCGAGAUCAUUGACAGCGCCCGUCUCCUCUUGGACCCAUUCCGCGAGGCGCAUCACGAAGACAUGGAUAUCGUCGAGUUUGGCGCCGGGUCGCUUGGCGUUGUCUUGACCGCAGCGCAAGCCCCAUUCGAGAACCGCCUCGCAGUCAAAGAAUUCAAGCCGGAUGCGUCAUCGGGGGCGCCAAUGGGGCCCGCCGAGGCGUCGGGCGUCGUCCGCGUCGGCGACCUCGUCGAGUCGGUCAACGGCGUCAAGAUCUACGGCAUGACCACCGACGACAUCCGCAAGCACAUUGCGCUCCUUCCGCGGCCGCUGAUCAUGUCGUUUUUGCAUGUUGAAGACGCUUUGCCGUCCGCAGAUGCAUCGGCGAUCGACGACUUGAGUUCGUUUGGCGUCGUACCUGACUUUCUCCCGGGCGAACAAUGCUACGCCCACGUCGAGGCAUCCAUGUACGCGCCGGUCUUUCACCCGCCGUCCGGCACGUGCGCGUCCCACUACAUUGCCGGUCGCCUCUUCUUGACCAACUACCGGUGCAUGUUCCAGCCCGAGGCCGGCGCGUCGUCGCGUUGGGAGAUGCCGGUGCUCUCGAUCGCGUCGAUUCUCGCCGAGUCGUCGCUGGUCGAGUCCGGCACGCACCAUAUGGCGGUCGUGCCGGCCUCGCACACGCUCGGCGUUGUUUGCAAGGACACGCAGAGCGUCCGGUUCACCUUUCGCAACCACGCCGAGUACGCGCGCAUGUUCAAAUGCCUCACGGUGCUGGCGUACCCUGCGUCGCUGACGGAUGCGUUUUGCUUUGUCUACCGCCCGCUCUUGCUCCCGGCGAAGCUGCUGCCGUCGUUUGACAUUCGCGACGACUACGAGCGCCUCGGGCUCCUCGGGCCGCGCUUCCGCUGCAUUGACCAAGCCUACUUGCUCUGCGACACGUAUCCCCGGUACCUCGUCGUGCCGGUCGCCAUGUCGGACGUCAAGCUCCAGGCCGCCGCCACGUUCCGGUCGAGCCGACGCCUUCCCGCCGUGUGCUGGCAGCACCCGACGAAUGGCGCGGUGAUUUGCCGCUCGUCGCAACCACUUGUCGGACUCAAGUCGGCACGAUCGAGUGAUGACGAAGACCUCGUUCGGCUGCUGUGCCAGCCAGAGAACCCGGCCGCCCUCGGCGCGUACCAAAGUCAUCGAUACGUCAUCAUGGACGCGCGCGGGCAGCUCGCUGCCGCGGGCAACAAAGCGAUGGGCAAGGGCACCGAGAGUCCGGCCAACUACCGCGGCGCCAAAGUCGUCUUUAUGAACAUGGACAAUAUUCACGCGGUGCGCGGUGCGUUCCAAGCGCUUGUCGCCGCGUUCGACCCGCUCUGCGACGACAACUACCUCGCCAAAGUCGACGGUUCGGGCUGGCUCAAGCACGUGCGACUGGUGCUCCGCGGGUCGUGGGAACUUGCCGAGUACGUGCACAGCGGCGUGUCGGUGCUCACGCACUGCAGCGACGGCUGGGACCGCACGCCGCAAAUGGUAUCGCUGGCUGAGCUCAUGCUGGACCCGUUCUACCGGACGCUGGCUGGCUUUCAGGUGCUGAUCGAGAAGGAAUGGUGCAGCUUUGGGCACCAGUUUGGCUUGCGCUGCGGCCAUGCGCGCAGCGACGUCUCGAACGAGCAGCGGUCGCCGAUCUUUCUUCUCUGGCUCGACUGCGUCUGGCAGAUCAUGCGCCAGUUUGAGACCGAGUGCGAGUUCAACGAGAGCUGCCUCCUCCUCCUCGCCGACCACGUGUACUCGUGCAAGUAUGGCAACUUUAUGUUCGACUCGGAGAAGGCGCGACUCGAGUGCGCCAAGCACCAUGCCGCCGCCAACAUCUGGGCCGACAUUCACGCGUCACGGGACAAGUUUGUCAACCCACAAUUUGCGCCCCAGCGCACGCUCCUCUUUCCGAGCACGACGUGGAAGAAUAUCAAGCUCUGGAAGGCGUACUUUGCUCGCUUUGACCCGACGUUUGUGCCGCCCGUGGCCAAACUCCAGUUUUACUGAAAGGAUCGUCGUCCACGAACGCUUGAAUGAUAUAUAUUGAUACGAAAUAUUGAUACGAAAUAUUGAUACUUGCG